GCAGCAGCAGGUUUAUGUUCAAGGAACAGGCUUCAAUACUCCAACUCUAAUCGUAGAAUGUUACAGCGUUGGAGAAGAUUCGUCGAGGAAUGUACACACCAUGAAACAUGAAAUGGAUCCAACCGGUAGUGGCUUAUCUGUUCCUGGAACUUCGUCCGAUGUGCCCUCACUGAAUUGUCCACCUUUGCUGUACCGCAGUGCCAAACAUUCGCGAUUAGCACUGGAAAAAUUUAACGAAAUGCGUGCUGAAGGUUGCCUGUGUGAUGUUACACUAGUGGUGGUUUCGCACAGAAUUAAUGCUCAUCGCCUUGUCCUUGCCUCAUGUUCCAAUUACUUCCGCGCAAUGUUUACUUCUGAAAUGGCUGAAAGCAGACAACAGGAAGUACAGAUGGUUGAUAUCAAUCCUGAAACACUUCAAGCACUUGUUGAUUUUUGCUAUACUGGUGAAAUUUCUAUAGCUGACACUAAUGUGCAGUUACUUUUACCUGCAGCUUGCUUAUUGCAGUUGAAUGAAAUACAGGAGGUUUGUUGUGAGUUCCUAAAGAAACAGCUUGAUCCUUCAAACUGUCUUGGUAUAAGGGCUUUCGCUGACACCCACGCUUGUCGAGAUUUAAUGCGGAUUGCUGACAAGUUCACUCACUUUAACUUCCAGGAUGUUGCUGCAAGUGAAGAAUUCAUGUUACUUCCAUUAAAUCAGCUGAUUGACAUAAUUUCAAGUGAAGAAUUAAACGUGCGAUCUGAAGAGACUGUAUUUGAAGCGGUGAUGGCCUGGAUUCGUUAUGACCUGAACGCGCGUCGUACGUUGUUACCAAAGUUUAUUUGCUUUCUAUAUUUUAAAGCUGAAUGUGUUCUAGAACAUGUCCGACUACCACUCUGUGAAGCAAAAUUUUUGGUUAGUAGGGUCAGUGAAGAUCCGCUAAUUAAAGCUGAUGGAUCUUGUCGUGAUCUUGUAGACGAAGCAAAAAAUUAUCUUCUUCUUCCUCUGGAACGGCCGAACAUGCAGGGCCCGCGCACAAGAAGCCGGAAACCUGAACGGUAUGACGGUGAGGCUCUAUAUGCAGUAGGGGGUUGGUGUAGUGGCGAUGCAAUAGCUUCUGUAGAGCGAAUGGAUGGAAGUACUAGGGUAUGGCGUUGUGUUGCUCCAAUGAGUAAAAGACGAUGUGGUGUUGGUGUAGCUGUUUUAAAUCAGUUAUUAUAUGCUGUCGGGGGACAUGAUGGUCAGAGCUAUUUGAAUUCUGUCGAGAGGUAUGAUCCAGCAACGAAUCUUUGGAGUAGUGAAGUAGCACCAACUUCCACAUGUCGUACUUCGGUUGGAGUUGCAGUACUGGAUUCUGCCCUUUAUGCAGUCGGUGGUCAAGAUGGCAUAUCGUGCUUAAACGUAGUUGAAAGAUAUGACGCUCAAAGGAAUGAAUGGACGAAGAUGAUUCCAAUGAGCACGAGAAGGCUUGGUGUCUCGGUUUCUGAACUAGGUGGUUGCCUUUAUGCUGUUGGUGGUUCUGACGGUCAAUCACCUCUUAGCACAGUGGAGAGAUACGAUCCCAGAGUGAAUAAGUGGAUGAUGGUAAAGCCUAUGUCUACACGGCGAAAGCAUCUUGGAACAGCUGUAUAUAACGGUUGUUUGUAUGCGGUGGGUGGCCGUGAUGAGAGCUGCGAACUGUCUUCGGCUGAAAAGUAUGAUCCAGUGACAAACGAGUGGAAUACUGUUGUAGCAAUGAAUAAUCGUCGUUCAGGAGUAAUAUUUGAAGUGGGGUUAGCCGUUGUUAAUGGCCAGUUGUUUGCUGUGGGAGGAUUUGACGGUACUACUUAUUUGAAGACCGUUGAAGUGUACGAUAUGAAGGGUAAUCAGUGGUGUGAGUCUGGCUGCAUGAAUUACCGGCGAUUAGGAGGAGGCGUUGGUGUGGUUCGCCUAUUGAAUGAUGACUUACAGUCAAGUGCUCCUUACACGUCGAGCAUUUCUUCCUUUGUUGAUCCUCCUGGUUUGUUAACCUAAUU